UGGGAGGAGGGACAGAUAACCCACAGCCUGGGGGUUUGGAGAGGAGGUUUCAGCUGCCUCAGGAUCCUCUGGCUUACCGCCUGAGCCCUUGAACUCAGCCCUUGGAUAUGCUGCAAGGAACAGAUCUCCACCUCUCCUCCCAGUGACAUCAGUGGGGUCUACCCCAUCUCUCUGCCUUCUCAGAGACAGAAAUACCAAGAGAGACAUCCCUCCUCCUUCUCUCCGCUGCCUGGACACUGCCACAGGUUGCUUGGGUGACCUGGGCCUGGGGGAGCCUUCCCUGGCUCCUGGCCUGGUAGGAUGCCCCCGUGUCCUCCACAGCAGAGCAGGAACCGGGCUACACUGCUCACUGCCCCAGAGCUGGGAGAGAUGGAGCUGACCUGGCAGGAAAUUAUGUCUAUCACAGAGCUGCAGGGCCUUGAUAUCCAAAAUGAGCCAACUUUUGAGUCCCCAGUGCCAUAUUCUGGGCCUGCACCUCCUCCUGCUUAUGGACCUUGCCCAAUUCUACCUGACACUGGCAACCACCUCACCUCGCCCUAUGAGGGUCUCUACCAGGACUUCCCUCCACCCUCCGCCCUGGUUCCGGACUCUCCCUAUGCAUAUGGCAGCCUGGCCCUUCCUGUUUCUAAGCCCAUGACCCUCUCAGGACUCCUCAGCGAACCUCUCCCCAAGUCCCUGUCCCUGCUGGACAUGGGGCUGCCUGUGGGACCCACCAAACCUCAAGAAGACCCUGAAUCUGACUCUGGUUUAUCCCUCAACUACAGCGAUGCAGAAUCCCUAGAGAUGGAGGGAAUAGAGGCUGGGAGACAGAGAGGAGAAUAUGUGGAGAUGUUCCCCGUGGAGCACCCCUAUCCACUCAUGCCUACCUCUCUAGUCCAUUCCAACUAUGUUCUGCCACCUCCUGAGACUCACUUGACUUUUGAACCCAUGAUGUGCCCCGGAAGGGCCAAACCCUCAGGACGAGGGGAGUCAGGAAGCAGGGAUGAGCGCAGGGCUCUGGCCAUGAAGAUCCCCUUCCCCACUGAGAAAAUUGUCAACUUACCUGUGGAUGACUUUAAUGAGUUAGUGGCUAGGUAUCCACUUAGUGAGAGCCAGCUGGCCUUGGUCCGGGACAUCAGGCGGCGGGGCAAGAACAAGGUGGCUGCCCAGAACUGUCGAAAAAGGAAGCUGGAGACCAUUGUGCAGUUAGAGCGGGAAUUGGAGAGGUUGGGCAAUGAGCGGGAACGGCUACUAAGGGCCCGAGGGGAGGCCAACCGGACCCUGGGGGCCAUGCGCCAGCAGCUGGCAGAGCUGUACCGAGAUGUCUUCCGGAGGCUGCGUGACGAAGCUGGCAAUGGCUACUCUCCAGAAGAGUAUGCUUUGCAACAGGCAGGUGAUGGCGCCAUCUUCUUGGUGCCCAGGGCUGUCAAGAUGGAGACAUCAGACUGAAUAGGGGAAGAGAAAUUGGGAGGGAAAAGAAAUUGGAGGUAGUAAAGUGUGCAUUUCCUUCUUCCCCUUGCCUCGCCCUUCUCAGAAAGGUGCUCCUCAAACUUGGCCUGUCAGGGCAGAGGUUGGAGAAUUGAAUUGAUUUGGAGGGCUCAGGAAGACAGGCAUCUCUCAGGGAGUGAAGGGUAGGAAUGGCACUGUGCUAACUUCAGGGAGACUGGUUUGGGGGAUGUAGGAGGCCUGGAAGCUGUCUGCUCUAUUCCUGGUUGCCCCCCUCCCUUCAGUUCUCCAGACAGGCCCCUCUACCUCCAAGGACUCAAAUUAAGCUUUGAAAGAUAAAGCAUGAUACAGAAAACUUUA